GCGGCGCGCGCCCCCGGAACGUGCGCACCGCAGGCGGCGCGGAUCGCUGGGAGCGGGUCCGCCUCCUGACCGGGAGCCGGGCUGAGCGUGUAGCGCCGGGGCUCGCGGGGGAGACGGUCGCGAUGAACACGGUGCUGUCACGGGCGAACUCGCUGUUCGCCUUCUCGCUGAGCGUGAUGGCGGCGCUCACCUUCGGCUGCUUCAUCACCACCGCCUUCAAAGACAGGAGCGUCCCGGUGCGGCUACACGUCUCGCGGAUCAUGCUAAAAAAUGUGGAAGACUUCACUGGACCUAGAGAAAGAAGUGAUCUGGGAUUCAUUACAUUUGAUAUAACUGCUGAUCUUGAGAAUAUAUUUGAUUGGAAUGUGAAGCAGUUAUUUCUUUAUUUAUCAGCCGAAUAUUCAACAAAAAAUAAUGCUCUGAACCAGGUUGUCCUCUGGGACAAGAUUGUUCUGCGAGGUGAUAACCCGAAGCUGCUGUUGAAAGAUAUGAAAACAAAGUAUUUUUUCUUUGAUGAUGGAAAUGGUCUCAAGGGAAACAGGAAUGUCACUUUGACCCUAUCUUGGAAUGUUGUACCAAAUGCUGGAAUUCUACCUCUUGUGACAGGAUCAGGACAUGUGUCUGUCCCAUUUCCAGAUACAUAUGAAAUAACGAAGAGUUAUUAAAUUAUUCUGAAUUUGAAACAAAAUAUUUUUAUACUUAAUGAAUUGUGUCUCAUUUAUCUCUUCCCUUGCAUCUUCAUUUGUUUUCAUUUGUUUUUGCUUGUUACUUUUUAUUCUUUUUUUUUUUUUGGUGUAAGAACUAACAUCAAAAGGCAUAUUUGAAGAAAAAGGUUAGUGCGCUACUAAACCAAAUUUUCCAAACAAAGCCACUAAGAGUGGAGCAUUAUGAGACUAAGGCAAUUACAUAAUAACUAUAUGUUGAAAAAAAAAAGUUGGACUGUUCCCUCUAUUUCCAUUAUUAUUUAUGGGAAUUUAUGGAAAUUAAAGUGAGCAUGAAAGGUGGUUAAACUUCCAGGUGCCUGUAGAGUCAUAAGAACUCUGUUUUAUGCCUUGCGUUCAUGCAAGUUCACAUCGGAUGUGAUAUAGAAGUAGACAUUUUCUUUCUGUCUCUUAGAUUACUGAAAGAAUUAAUAUGGUUAUUUGUUAGAAGCCUGGUUUACAAAAAAAAGCCAAAAGUAAUGGAAUUUUAUUCCACUUGUCUUUAGAAUGCCCGUAACGCUUGUUUUUCUUACAGGUGACUAUUAAUUUUUUUCACUUGAAGACUAAAUACCUCUUUAUAUUUAGCUAUAAAACAUUCUAACUCAUUUUAAAUCUCUUAGGUUAACCAAAUGUGUGUCUUUCAGUGCUUUCUCUAAAAACAUUCCAUUGUAUUAUAUCUUUGUAUAAUUUUUUUUUAGCAUUGCCAUUGAAAAUUGAAAAUGUUUGCAUGGUUUACCCUCAGAGUUUAAGUUUGUUCUAGUGAGCAUGCCUAGUGCCACUAAGUGGUAGUUAUUUACACUUUUCUGUAGGUCCACACUUUAAUAACUGUUGGGGUAGUAAUAAUUACCAGUAUUUGUGGUGUGCUUUUCUAUUUACAAAGCACUCGUGUAUUUUCUUGUAUUCUAUCCUCAGUCAAAUGAGAUAAAUAGUACAAGUGUUAGCUUUUUGCAGAUGAAGAAAGUGAAACCCAGAAGUUUAUUGAGUUUCUACAAGGUUAUAUAGCUGGCAAAAAAUGGGAGUUAAAACUUGAACCAGAUAUUCUGAUUCUAUAAGCUUAUCUUUUUAUAAUACCUCAGAAUGCAGACUAGUAAAAUUUCACUUUUAAUUUCCAUAGUAUGUUUGGUUAUCCUGAAGCUUCCAAUAACUCAUAUAAUAGGGAUAUCUUACUUAUUUCUCUACGUAAAUUCACUUUACAUACAUAAUAUGUAUGAGAAAAAUCUGAAUGUAAUUAAAAUAAUUUAGAAAUUAAACACAAUACAUUCUUGAAUAUAUAAUCAUAUUUAACUUUUUUUUUUUUUGCAGUGAACAAAGAAAUAUACUUAAAGGUAGCAACUUCAAAUCAGUUACCCUCAAGAGCAAAACUAAAUACUAUGGUUACACUGUCAGUAGUAACCAAAAGGGCUAAUAUUUUCUAAGAAUAGUUUAAAUUAAUUGCUAGCAAUUGUUCCAUUUAUCUCAUAUGAAAAUCAUCACUAUUUAAUUAUAUUAAUUUUAGUAGUUAUUAUAUGUAAUUGUAUAGUUCAUAUAAAAGCAUGUAGAUAAGAGUUUUUCAAACUGCCAGGAAAGUCAAAGAAUAUCAUGGCUCCCAGCCUUUUUAUUAAGCUUUUUAGGGUCUUAGUUUUUUUAAUCUGUAAAAUGGCAGAAUUGAACUAGUUAACUUAAGUGGUGGUCCUUUUACAUAUACACCUAUAAAAUUUGUUUUAGCUGUUUGGCAAAGAGAUGGAACAGAAAAAGCACCUUGGUAAUGGGAGGUCAGGACGAUAAUUCAUACUGGUCAAACUUUAUAUUAGAUUUUACACUAGAAAGUUUAUUUGAUACAGAUACAUAGACAUGGAAACUCAGAAUCUGCAGGUGUCAGUGCUUAUAAAUUGGGUAUGUUCUCGGAGUUUGGUGAGGAAAAAAGAGAGGCCCAACUAGUACAAUGUGGAUGAAGUUUUGUUUUUAUCUAACUGGGAAACUACUCAGGACAGUGUUCCAACAUGAAAGAAGGAACCUGUGUCUCAGGAACUCAUUUUUGGGUUUGCAUAGCUUUAUUAGUUCAUCUAAUUCUACAUUCAAAAAAAUUAAGUUGUGUUCAGUUUGGUACCCAUUUACUUUCGUCUUGACAUUUUAAAGGUAGCUCAUAAAGUCUGUACAAAGACACAAUACUUCAGAAUUCUGAAAAUCUUAAAGUGUGAUUAGAAAAGUCUGUGGACACAGAGAUGAUUGUGAGAAAAGCAACUGUAAGACACUUACUUGAAGUAAUUACAGUUGGAAUGAAUGAAUUUUAAAAUCUCUGGUUCAUUAUACCUUUUUCUCUGGCAGUUUCACCUAGAAUAAAUGACAUUAUCAGUGUUUUUAUAUUCCCCUAAUUGAUUACAUUUUUAUGCUUAAAAAGAACAUAACAAAAAGCCAGAAAUUCUUAAUAUAAGAGGACAGUGUUCUAUUUUAAAUUUCUUUUCUUGAAAUCACAGCUCUUUGGUGGGUCUAAUCAGCAAAUUAAUAGCUGUAAGAGAUGAGCUGUAAAGUGAUAAUGAACUCUUUUUCUUGCUUUUUUUCUGUCUAAAGCUAGAAAUCUAAAGCUUUGGAUCUUUGAGAUCCAAAUAACAUAACAGAGGUAUUUUGUAAUGGUUUGAAUUGGCCUGAAAUGGGUUUGUGGGGGUGGAGCAUAAGCUGGGAACUUUGGUAAUAAGCACCUUCAUAAGAAAUUCAUGAAAAUACUGAAUAUACAUUUGAGGAUUUUCUUAAUUGCAAUAAAAACUCAGCCUUUUUUUCUAAUGAAAGUGAAUUUUGUUUACAAGUAAAUAUGCAUUUUAAAAGACUUUCAGAUUUAUGCUUUUAUGUGAAGAAGUUACUGGAAGAAACCAAGUAUUGUCAGCUGAACAGUUUUAUUUUUUUCUAGUGGGAGUGGGUGGUGGGAGGUUAACUGCACCUAAAAUACCUUCUCCAGAGACUGUAUGCUCCUGUUCUAGACUGUAAGCUCUGUGAGGGCAGUCUGUCAGAUUUUCCUUUGUUUAUUCCCUAGCACCUAGCUGGUGCCUCACACAUGAUGGGCACCCAAUAAAUACUGAUGAUGAAUGGAGUCAUGUUUCUGAUGUGGCCAAACCACAGGGACUGUAGGUAGCACUCUGUGUAUGUGCUACCCUUUUUUGUUGUUUUCAUUCUUGAGUUCCCGUUGACAUCAGAUAUGACUGGUUUUCCUCCUUCAAGUUCAGUUGUACUGUCCAGUAAGUGAUACUCUUGCCGCAGCUUUUAAGACUGUGUUUUCCCAGACUUUUCAAAACAGAACCAACAGUUCGUGGCUGGUGAUGAGACUGAUAUUUGCUUUACUUUAAAAUAACAGUGGAAAACCCCAACAGACGCAACUUUAAGAAAACAAGCUCAAGAUAUGUUUUAUGUAUAGCUUAGGAAGAAAUGGGUUCAGCUGACUCCGUUUGAAGGCCUGGUAUAUGUGCCGAGCCUCUACUAGCUUCUUGGGCAUUGGCUCUGUUCACUUACUGCUACUGCACAUCUGGCUUGCCUGACUGUCCAGUACAUUACUGAGUUGUGGGAUUUUUACUCUGUCUCAAAACAGUAAUUUCUCAGAACAUUUGCCAAUGAAUUCAGAGAAACAGAAUAAAUACUCCAUCAAAAUAACAGAAAAUAUUUUUUAACCUGAUUUUGUUCUGUCAAGGAUGAUAUAGAAGGUCAGCUAGAGGUCCAACCUGAGGAAUCCUAUGCUGGACUUUCUAUGUAUCCUGAAGUGAUUACCCCUAUGCUUCUUUACUUCUUUCCAGAUGAAAAAUUAAAGCAAGAGUUCUGGUUUCAGUAAACUCUUGCCUGAUUAACGGAUUAUGGCUGCAGAAAGGAAACAUCAAUAUGUGUACCUUUGUAUAUUCAAAUAAACUCCAAACUUGGAGAAGCUUGGAAGCCCUUCCUUAAGUGCAGUUUAUACACACCCCGCUUACGAAUAUUUUCAGUGAGGUUGGAAAUAAGUCAUAUAGGAGUUGAAAAAUAGAGGGGCUUGAGAUGAAAUGAACCUGUGCCCGUGCUAAAGUCUAUCACUGUGCCCCUAAGCCCCACUUUGCUUGUUGGGAACUCAGAAUGGUGGUAAACCUUCCCAGUAAAUGAGUAUGAAGGGGUCGGGGGGAGGAAUCUAAAGGCUGUGAAUGGGAAGGAAGAGGUCCUUGAGAUGUACUGAGGAUAGUCAAUCACGGAGAGGAUUGGGUCUUCAUAAAGUCUAAAGUUGUGGGUAUUGCCCAGCUGGACUUAAGAAGUCUGGGGCUUCUGCCGCUUUGGCAGCCUGUACUGCUGCUUUAAGAAUGUCACAAAUGCUUUUACUAUUCAUGUAUGCAGACACAACCAGGGACUGUUAAUUGGAAAUCAUACUUUUUAAUACACGUUUGCAAAUGCCAUUUUAUAAGAAGAGACUGAUUACUAUUUGAAUGUUACUCUCAGCUCACUAUUUGAGAGCCCAAUUAAAUACUAUUAAAUGGCAUUAAGUGCUGUUAAUAGGUAACAUCAAAUUGUAGUAGCCUAAGGAACCAGGCAACUUUCCAUAUGAAGUGACUGAAAAACCCAGUGCCUGGUUAUCUAGUGACUGUGACCCAGGGUUUACAGCCAUUGACUAAAAGCUGGCUGAUGGGUUGGAGGAAAGGAGCAGAGAAGACACACUUACUUGGCCUAGGAGUAUCACCCACCAGCAGCUCAGAUGAGAAUGAUAUGCACCACUCUGCAGGCAGCAUCUGGCAGGAGUCAUUUCUUCAGAAACAACUUUGCUAGGAAGCAGACAUCUGUCUUCCAUUGCUAGUCAUUCUGUUCCUUUCUGCUCAUGUGCGCCAGCUCAUACUGAUUGGCCACUUGGAUUUCAGCAAGAAAUAACCAGUUGAAUACUGUGAGUGGUUUUUCUGUGUCUUGUCUAGUGUAUAAGCAUCAAGUCUUUUCGGAAGGUGAGAGUAUUAGAUUUAAAGAUUUAGGGUUUGUUUUGUUUUCUGGUUUUGCUUUUAAGGAUUGGGUUUUAAAGCACUUGUCAGUUACCUGAUAGGUCUAAUCUUUCCACCCUAGUAGUCCAUUGAGAACUUAAUUCUGAUUUUGACCUAGUUUAUAUUUCUGUUCCUCUCCCGUAACAUUUAUUAUUUAAUGCAGUUCAAAUACACAAAAGAUCUCUUGCUGGAUACUGCUUAAUGUUUGUGACAACUUUGAUCUAGUGUUGUCCAGAUGGGUUUGAGAGUUUGAGAAAUCCAGGUGGAUUUGAUAACUGAGAGCAAAACUGUCAUGUGCAGGUACACGUGGACCCAUCAAAAACUGCUGGAUUCCUUCAGCUUUGAUAAAAGGAGCAUCAACAAAAUUUGCUUGACUGAAAGCACACCAUGAUAUAACAUAUACCACAAUCACUAUUGACUUUCUUGCUUAUCCUCAAAUUUGCCAAGCAGAAUCCUGCUGUGGGACUUUUGCACUUCAUGUUCCCUCCUCUUUAUUUCCUUUCCAUCAUUUUUUUCUUUUUAAGAUUUUAUUUAUUUGAGGGAGUUACAGAGAGGCACAGAGAGAAAGGUCUUCCAUCUGCUGGUUUACUCCCCAAGUGGAUGCAAUGGCCGGAGCUACACAGAUCUGAAGCCAAGAGCCAGGAGCCUUUUCUGGGUCGCCCAUGUGGGUGCAGGGGCCCAAGCACUGGGCAAUCUUCCACUGCUUCCCCAUGCCAUAGCAGAGAGCUGAAUCAGACGACGGGCAGCCAGGGCUAGAACUGGUGCCCAUAUGGGAUGCCAGCAUCACAGGUGGAGGCUUUAACUUAGUGUACACAGCAACGACCCCUACAUCAUUCUUCAAAGUACUUGUGACCUGAAACGAACUUAUUUUGUUAUCUUAUUAUAGGCCACAAUACAUAUUUGCUAAAUGAAUUGAAUUAACAAAAAGCAAGAAAAUAAGUGUGGUCGAUUGAAUUAAUGUUGCUUUAAACAGGUGUUUUGUCUAGUUUCUCAAUAAACUUUUCAAGAACAGUUGAAUUUAUUUUUUGUCUUUGAGUCUCUCUCUGUCUCCUCUCUCCUCUCUCCUCUCACUCAAACACACAAAGGGUGACCUCACCGGCCGGUUCACUCUCCAAAUGUUAACAAUGGCCGAAGGGCUGAGAUGGGAAUCACUAAAUGUGCCUUGAACUGUGACUGUGACUGACAAUAAUAGGAAGCUGAAAUCAGGAACCUGAGUUGGGAAAGGAACUCAGGUACUUUGAUGUGGGAUGUGGGCACCCUAACUGGCAACUUAAUCACUAUGUCAAAUGCCAGCCCUUGAAUUGGUUGUUUACUUUGAAAAGUUAACUCGAAAUAUCUUUUGGUGGUAAUGGCUUAACAAUGCAAGAAGGAUAUGGAGGAAUUUAUAUUUGAAAUAGAUUAGGCAGAGGACAAUCAAUGCAUUUUUCAUCUGUUGCCUUUUUAAUGUUUUCAAUUGGAUAAAAGAAUAAAAGUGCAUGAGAUAUUUGCAUAGAGUUGGGUUGUUAUAAAGCAGACACCUCUGUAACCACUACUCAAAUCCACAAAUGGAAUAAUAGCACUGCUCCAAGCCUCCUUCCUCCCCUUCCUCUGCCAGAUCACUCAAUACUCCCAACUGUCAUUACUUCUAUGUUUUUUGUUUUGUAUUUUUUCUUCUUUACACAGGCUUUUUACCACAUAUGUUGCAUUCUAUCACUAAAUUCCACUGGCAUUAUGAAUAGUAGGGCCAUCUUAGUGGCUUAAAACACGUGUCUCUUGAGUCAAUGAGUGCUUAUGGUUGACUUAGGAUGUACUCUUCUUUCCAUCUGGGUUCAAAGAACACUUCCUUUUAGCACAGCAAACAGCAGUAGAACUGAUAAAAACUCUUGGAGCCUCUGAAAGAGACAGACAAGUUUCAUGUCUACUCAUUUAAUUGGCUAAAGCAUGUCACAUGGCAAGAAUUGGGGAUAUCAGUUCCAUAGGGAAGUAGUCAAAGACAUGGUACAGGAUGCUCCUGUCAUGGGGAGGCCAUUCUUAAAAGUAUGAUAUGAUUUUUAACAGAUUUCCUGAACAAUAUAGUUUUAAGUUUGCUUGGUUAUGAAUAAAAGGAAUCUUACCAUAGGACUUUUUUGUAUGUCUUGCUGAUUUGACUAAACACUAAAUUUGAUUCUUUGUGAUUUUGUGUGAAGCUCUGGUUUAUUUUCAUUGUUACACAGUAAUUUGUUGUCAUCCAAAGCAAUCCAUUUAGGUCUAAUAGGCAUAGUUUAUUUGCCUGAUAUGUUGGUUGGCAUUUGUUGGGAGUACUUCUGCACAAGUAGCCAUGUGUAAGUAUCCAAGAGUUUCUCUAGCAAAGGGAUCUUCAAAACAUGCUUAAACUUAACAAAACAAAAAUUUUGCUUGCAUUAGUGGUUUUUGAAAAACUAAACAUUAAAAACUUUAAUUUUGUUAAAAUAAUUUUGGCAUAUUGUACAUUUUAAUAUUUCACAGUACAAACUCACUUUUGUUUAUCAGUGUUUAAAUGUUUGUAAGUUGAAACUGAUCUUUUGAGCAUUUUCUGUGACUCCAGUGUUCUAAGGUUUAGAGUACUCUGUAAUUGUUACUAGAGCACAAUUGAUCAAAACAUUGUGUAUCAGGCAUUUUGAUAAAUAAUUGCUAAGUAAUUAUAACUUGAUGAAAUUAGA